AUCGACCAACUGACUCGCCAUCUAUACAAAUUUAAUAUCUUCUGAGUGUCUCUUGCUGCCUUUAGCGGUGGUCACAUCACAUCCAUAUCGACUCAGAUCAAUACACUUCAACUACUUUUCGCGCCACAAUACUCAUAACUCAGAAUGUCUGGAUCCGGAAAGCUCGACCAACCCCUGGAUGAGAUCAUCUCGACCCAGCGCCGCGCUGCUGGUGGUGCCCGCCGCCGAAGCCAGCGUCGUGUAUCUGGUCGACCUGCCGCUGCAGCACCCGUCGGAGGUGUUCAGAAGACAUCUCGACAGCCGCGCAACGCGGCGACGAAGCAAGCCCCCGCUAAGGCCGCCGGUGGUAAUGGAGAAAGCAAGGUUGUUGUUAGCAACCUCCCGAAGGAUGUGAACGAAGCCCAGAUUAAGGAGUAUUUCACCACUUCAGUUGGACCCAUCAAGCGUGUGGAGCUCUCAUAUGGCCCCGGUGGUGUCAGCCGUGGUAUCGCCACCGUUACUUUCCACAAGCCUGAUGGUGCUAGCAAGGCGUUCAGCCAGUUGAAUGGCAUUUUAGUCGAUAAUCGCCCAAUGAAGAUCGAAAUAGUAGUUACCGGUGAUAAGGCUGCAUCCAUCAUUCCUGCGCCUAAGACACUUACUGAACGUGUUACCCAACCCAAAGCGCAGCCUAAAUCUGCUGCGAACGACAAGAAGAAGGAUGCUGGGAAAGCAGCUGGCCCUGGCGCUCGGGGUCGCAAGCGACGCCCUGCUCGUAGCAGCCGCCCAGCCAAGAAGACGGCCGAGGAACUGGAUUCCGAGAUGGCAGAUUACUUCAACUCAGGAGACCAGAACGAAAACGCCAAUGGUGCCGUCGCUAAUGCUAAUGGCGACGCUGCUAUGGAUGACGAGAUUUCGUGAGUUCGUACGUCGUUAGGCGGGUUUGCAUCGGAUAAAACCAUGAACAGUUGAUGG